AUGCUGAUAGAUGUUGAAGGAAAGGAACAGAAAGUAAUAGCACAAUUUGUUCCUGACAUGUUGGGCAUUCCAACAGGUGGAACCAUACUUACAAAACUGGAUCAAUGGCCUAAAGAUGAUUCUAGUUAUGAUGAAUGGAAGCAACAGUUUCAAGAAGGAUCAAUCAUUCGACUGAAUGCGAUCAAAAAAGUUAUUGUUAGUACAACAGAAGCUGAUUUCAAUUUCAAAAGGAACUUCUUAACUCUUUUUGUCAACAAGUUUUGUGAGUUAACAUCAAUGGGAAGAUGCAACAUGUUUCCUUUGAGUUAUAUUUCAAGAAAAAGAGAUAUCAACAACAUAGAUUGGUGCAUCUAUAUUUUGGACUGUCUUGUCAGAAAAAAGAACUCAUACAUACAAUACUCAGAUAACAGCUACUUUGUUAGACCUUCAGCUUUCUUGGUGUUGUUCUAUGCUGAUAAAAUCCACUCAGAAGCUUUAAUGGUAACAUGUAAACAUCCAACAAUUUGUUAUUGGAGUUCAAAGAAGAUUAGAUAUCGAGAUACAUUUCAACAAGAAGAAGGUAGAUUUGGACUUGGAGAAUUAAAUGAGGAAUUUGUUAAUGAACAAGAUGAAGGAGAUACAGAUAUCGAAGUUAGUGAUUCUGAUAAAGAUGAAGAUCAUUAUAUUAAGGAAAAGCUGAAUUCAAAAUUCAAUGAUGCGAUAACAAAGUUCCUUGAAAAGGAAACUUCUAGGAUUUUCAAAUAA